AUGUUUUCGGAACCUGUGGAAAGUUACAUCAAGGAGCUAGCCGAUAUUCAUAGUAUACAUCCAGAUUCUUUUGCUAUUGCGUUGCUUAAUUUUGUUGCUGCGACGUUAGAAUUUUCGUUUGUUUUACGAGCAAAUUCAGUUAGUAACAAGAUACCAACAAAUUUAUUCAACAUUGUUGUUGCUCGUUCAUCUUUUGGAAAAUCUGACUUAACAAGAAUUCUGCGUGAUAUGCUGAAUACGGUUGUAUUAAAUCGGCCAAUGAAAUUUCGAUCAACGAACCAAAUCAAUCUAGGUAGUGAGGGAAAUCCUUGUUUAGAUGAAAUGUCUAAAGCUGGAUUGAUGUCAUCAUUGGAUGAAUGCUGUCGUCUUCUUAUCUGCGAUGAAGCAGACAUGACAUUUGCAGACGCUGGACUGUUUUUAUCCAAUAAUAAUAUUCGUACAUCUGCAGAAAUGAAUUGUAGAGGACUCAUGAUGACAUUAUUUGAUCGAGUAUCACAUGCUUAUAUUAGACAAUUGUCCAAUCGGUCAGUGUCGGGUUGCUCAACUGGAGACAUAAUAUCGAAUAUGAUAAUCCGAAUCAAAGCAGGAGCCUGUUUCGAUCCAGCAAUGGGUCGUUUUAUCUUUUGGCCACUGGAUGGACCAGUGAUACCUGAUAAAUUAAUACAGAGACAAAUAGACAACAAGAAGUAUCCGUCUUUGGCACAAUUUGCUAUUAUAUUAUCUUUUAUCGAAAAUUCUAUAUUUUCAUUUGACGAAGAUGCCAUUAACGAGAUGAUUGACUGGGGGAACACCUGUAAACAAAAGAGUAAUGUUGCUCCAGGCAAAAUACCAAGUAUUGAAUAUUUUACUUUAGGCUUUGAAGAACGUAAUAACAAUGAAAGUUUAUCAGCUAGGCUAGGAAAAACGGUGCAACACGCUUAUCGGAUAGCAACAUUUUUGCAAAACAUUGAAAUAGGUUUCCAAUUAUCUAAAGACUAUAUUAACCAACAUCAAUUUUUUCCAGAGAAUGGCUCCAUCGACCAUGAUUUUGUUGAAAACAUCUCGGAAAUAUUCAAAGAAAAUUAUGUUCCUCUAUAUCAGGUACAUGAUCCUGAAUCUAUUAAAAUUUCGAAAAAUGUUGUUUUACGUGCCAUCGAUAUAAUGUCAUGCAAUUUACGACAAUUUAUCUUGCUAUUUGAUGGAACUAAUGCACCAAAAGUUUCAUCGAUAGGUCGUCAAAUUGUAAUGGUUUCACAGCAUGAAAAUAAAAGUUUUUCUAAUGAUCAGGCACUUGUUGCUAUGAAACAACGUCAGCGACAAAUAUUAAAUCAUAAUGAUGUUGCAGCAUCAAUAAUCUUAUUCCCUAGUGUAUGCUUCACAAUGAAGCAGUUACACAAGUCUGCAGUGAUCCACAAUCAUUCUGGUGGAGGACUUCUAAAACAAGUUAUAACAACGUUAGUCGAAACAAAUUUAUUGGAAAUGUGUGAACGAGGAAUCAAGCAUGCAUCCAGAACCACCUGUGUGUAUGUAAAACGAUUACCUCUUGAGAAUGAUAUGGAUUCACAAGAACAAUUUUCAUCAAUUCUAUCAGAGUACACGUAUCGACAAAAUCCAAUUUCGAUUGAUUUGUACAAAAAGUCGUGUGAAUCGAUGCUUUUAGAAGCAGUUGGAACUGUACAAGAAGAUGUUAUUCAAGUAUUAAAGCGUUCAGAAUAUGGUGAACCUAUGGCUGUUACAACUGAAAAUAAUAAUCUGUUUCAAAAUAUUAUUGAUGAAAAUGCAAUACUUACAAUUGGUUCAUCUCACGUAGAUCACUUAACCACAUCUUCAUCUUGCAGUAAUUUCCCACAAGUGCAAAAUAUAUUUGAUAACUUAAAUCUUGUUAAUCAACAACCGAAUCUUGAUUCACACAGUAUCCAUAGUAUUCCUGAAGAAGAAUAUAACGAGCCAAACAUUGUUCAUUUUUUUGAUUCAGAACAAAAUAUUAAUUCAGAUGUCAUCAAUGUCUUUCAUGAACAACAAUCUAAUGAUUUAAAUAAUAUUGACCUUUUUAAUGCUGAGCAAAGCGUUGAUUUAAACAAUCUUGACACUAUUCGUCAACAGCAACCUACGGAUUCAGCACAAAAUACUAACUCAGACAAUAAUAAUAUUCUUCAUAAAGGAAAAAAAAAUACUUCAAGUACUUUUUUCUUCAGUCCAACAGCUGGUAGAACAAGGUCGAAAUUGAAAGUUAGAAAAACACAAAAUCAACAAUCAAAUGGUACCAUAUUUUUUUAA